AUGCCGGACCACUACCUGCUGCAGUGGAGUAACCACCUGAGCAACAUCGCGGCCGCCUUCUCCAAGCUGCGGCACAACAACAAGCUGGUAGACGUGACGCUGGCGGCCGAUGGCCACUCGAUCCAGGCGCACAAGGUGGUGCUGUGCGCGUGCAGCGCGUACUUCGAGGAGCUGCUGUCGGCCAACCCCUGCAAGCACCCGAUCGUGUACAUGAAGGACGUGCAGUACGACCACCUCAGCGCCGUGGUCGAGUUCAUGUACAGCGGCGCCGUCUACGUGGGCAACGAGCAGCUGGAGGAGGUGCUCAAUCUGGGGGCCAGCCUGCGCGUGCACGGCAUGGUGGACGUCAAGAGCACGCCGCGCCAGGGCUCCAACGACGAGAACAGGGACCCGGAGACGCCCGCCGCGAAGAGACGCAAGCGUCCGCCGGCCCUCUCCCGGGAGAGCUCCACAGAUGAUCCUGGUAUGGCGGAGCCGGGUGGACGUCGAGGGACGGGAAGGGUCUAG